ACUCAGAGCUGCGCAGGCGCGGUUGCGCGCCGCGUCGUCAAGAUGUCGUCUCCCAAGUACAAGCCGUCGCCCCUGGCCACCCAACCGGCAACCCUUGAGCCAGGCGAAUACGACAUAUCUCCGGAGACCCGGCGGGCUCAAAUUGAGCGGCUGGCUCUAAGAGCCCGGCUUAAACGGGAAUACCUGCUUCAGUACAAUGACCCCAACCGCCGAGGAAUCAUCGAAGAUCCUGCCUUGGCUCGUUGGGCCUAUGCGAGAUCAAGAAAUAUCUAUCCCAAUUUCAGGCCCACUCCCAAGACCUCACUCUUAGGAGUCAUCACUGGUAUUGCGCCUCUGUUCUUCUUGUUCUGUGUUGUGAAAGCUGACAGGGAUAGGAAAGAAAAACUUAUCCAGGAAGGAAAAUUGGAUCGAAAAUUUAGCAUCUCAUAUUGAGUUUGGCAAUGACGACUGUGUAUUCUUGCUUAAAUAAAUCUUCUAUUAAUCACUAAA